AUGCCUCUCUCGAAUCGCCGUCGCGCGCGGCGCAAGGAAAUUCAACUGCAGGAAACUUCAGACGCGGAGGCUCCGGACUCGUCGCCAACCCGGCCCUCCAACAAAAAGCGCAAGGUUGACCACCGCCCUUCCCCUCCUGUCCGUCCCGUGAAAGCGCAAGAAUCCGCCGAUGAAGCCGAUGACUCGUCGCCCGAGAACGAACUGUCCGCCAACCAGGACCUGGUGGAUAUGGUUAUUUCGUGUCUGAACGUCUCCCGCGAAGAAGUGCGCGUGGUGCGGGACCACUCCAACACCAAGACCGAGAACACCCAGAGUAUCCGCGCCUAUGCGAAGAUCGCCGGCCGCAACUGGACGUAUUAUGUCAAGACCCUCCAUGUCAACAUCGGUCGCGAACCGGAUCGCGAACCCAAGCUGGAUGAGCAGUCGAGCCCUGUCACCAUCGCCGCCCGCGCCCUGCCGGACGUCCACGUCGAUUUAGGUCCCAGCAAGUUCGUCUCGCGCUUGCAUGCCGAGGUCUUCUACGACGGCGAGGAUACCGCCUCCUGGCACAUCCGCGUCAACGGUCGCAACGGCGUCCGCUUGAACAAUGUAAUCCUCAAGCGCGGCACCGAUGCGAUCAUCUCGUGCGGGGAUAUCAUCGAGAUCGCGAACACCCAGAUGAUGUUCGUUACGCCCGGCGACAAGGCCAAUAUUCAUCCCAGCUUCGUCGAGCGCGCGCAGCGCAUCGCCAACGGCGAGGAGGAGCUGCUGUCCUGGGACCCGUCUCAACACUCGCACCCUCAGCCCUCGCAAUCGACCACGUUCAACGAUCAGAACGCGACUCCGGCCGCCGCCCCGGCCACCAGCGGCCAGCCGUCACUGGCGCCCGCCCCGCAGUUCCUCAAACGUCAGGUCACACCCCCGCCUCGGUCCCCUGACACGGUUGGCGCGCGCACCGCCAAGCAGUCGCCAUUGUAUAAUCGCGGUAUGAUGAUGGAGAGUACAGAGGAGAUUGACUACAGCAAGGACUCGGCCAAGGAUCUCAAACCGCCGUAUAGCUACGCCACAUUGAUUGCGCAAGCCAUCUUCUCCAGCGAGGAGGAAAAACUCACGUUGAACAAUAUCUAUAACUGGAUCAUGGACAAGUAUGCCUUUUACCGGCAUUCCCAGAGCGGAUGGCAGAACUCGAUUCGACAUAACCUAUCCUUAAAUAAAGCGUUCCAGAAAGUACCCCGCCGCACGGAUGAGCCCGGCAAGGGAAUGAAAUGGCAGAUCGCGCCGGAGUACCGUGAAGAGUACUGGAAGAAGCAGCUGCGCAAAGGAACGACCCAAUCGUCCGCCCCGUCGUCACCUGCCACCAAAGAACCUGUCUCGCGCGGCGCCAACGGUCGAGAGAAUGUCUUCAACGGCAAAAAGUCCCCCCCGCCUGUCUCGUCUCCUGGCUUCAGCUCCUUUCCCGUAGCCCCCGUCGAGGCAUACACGCCAGAGCGGGGCUCGCGGGCCGCCCGGGCGGAUCAUCCCCUUCGCAACGCCAGUGCCCGGGACUACGAAGAGCCGUCUCCGCUGCCUGCGCGUUCCGCAACCAAAAACAACGGCACCAACGCUCUCAGUCGUACAUAUGGCCUCUCAGACAACGUUGCCGGUUCCCCGCCCGUGUUGUCGUCGUCGUACUACGACGACGGUCCGUCCUCGAUGAUCACCCCCGCGCCGCAGCGACAACAGCCUCGGCUUCCGCCACCCAGCACGGCGCAGAUCCCGUCCAAAUUUAUGCCGAUGAGCUCGCCGGCGCAGUUCUGGAAGUUUGCAGACAUUGGCAGUACACCGGCGCGGCCAGUUCCGGACAUGAGCCCGCUCAAAGGUGAAAUUGGCGAGGGGAUUGGGUUCCCAAGUAGCAGCCCUCCGCCGCCAAAUCUAGUCAGCCCCAGCAAGCCUGGCACGUUGAACGGUCUCGGACAUGGACGAACGCUUCCGCCGCUGCGUACUGAGGUGGCGGCAGACCUGGGAGACGUGCGACCGGGCCUGAAUGGGGCGGUGAAGCUGGAAAGACCCAUGGCGUCGGCGGGGACGGGGGCCGAUGACGAUGACGAGGAUGCCGGAUUUGAUCUCGCCCGAGGCUUCCAGCCGAUUGGAUCAUAUCACCGGCAGAUGAAUAAUGCCGCGCGGGCCAGCGCGGCGACGUCUUAA